AUGGACAUCCUGUGGAGGCCGGGCGCUCCGUACGCAGCGUUCAGCCUCGUCGUCACUUUGCUGUUUGAUGUGUGGUCUGCUCAGGGUCUGGAGAUGCUUGUGGGGAAGAUUCCCUUCCUGGAGGCGGUGAAUGGAAGCACCGUCAUGUUGCCCUGCUCGUACGCCAGCUGUAUCGGCAUUGAAAACCUUUACUUCAACUGGCAAUUCAAUGACAACGGCACCAUGACGAAGGUGUGUGAAGCAGAGAUAGCCUCGGAGGAGGUGGAGCCGCCGGUGAAGAUAUUUAGAGAUAGAGUGGAGUUUGUGGGGAAGAACCAUAAAAACAACGUCUCCAUCCUGUUGUGGAACAUCACCUUUGAGGACGCAGGCCAGUACACUUGUUAUGGGCGCAAUCCCAAAGAGAAAGGCAGGAACCACAGCGCCAUCUUCACCCUCAUCGUGGUGGACGAGUUGAGGGUGGUUGACAACACGCUAACCAUCAUUAUAGCCUCAGCUGUGGGCGGGGCCAUCGCCUUUCUGAUAGGCUUCAUGCUGCUCAAGAACUUCACUCUCUUUGUACUCGCUAAACUUGAGGAGAAAAAUAAGGAGUGCCUUGUAACGUCAUCAGGGAUCGACAACACAGAAAACGGCGUCUCAGGAUCCAAAGCUGAUUCAAAGCCAACACCAAAAAAGAAAUGA